AUGGGGAACAAUGCUAUACUCAAAGCUGGAACAUCUAAAGAACUGACUUCGCAAGAUAUUGCUCGAUUAAAGAGACAAUCGAGACUUAGUGAACAAGAAAUUAGAAAUUUACACGAAACUUUUUGGAAUGAUUUUCCAACAGGUAGAUUGGACAAAAAAGGAUUCAUGAAAUACUACGAAGAUGUAAAAGAUGACAAAGAUAGAACAAGUAUCUUAUGCGAUCAUGUAUUCGCUGUCUUUGAUAAAAAUCAUGAUGGUACAAUUGAUUUCAGUGAGUUCUUAUUGGCUGUUUCAGUGGGUACCCCACAUGAUCUAGAUAGUCAUCUUGAUUACGUUUUUGAAAUGUGUGAUGUUUCAGGUGAUGGCAAAGUGGAUAUCAAUGAACUGGCUACUUUUCUGUCAGCUUCAUUAAUCAUCGUAGGGAAAACUGAUGAAAACGAUAAUCUUGGCCCAAGAAAGUUAGCAGCUGAUAUAUUCAAUACACUAGGCAUAAGUGAAGAUAAGAAAUUGGUCAAAGUAGACUUUAUCAAAGGAUGUAAACGUGCUCCACAUCUUCGUGAGCUUUUUGGUGGUGGCAAAUGA